GCGGCGGCGGCGAAGGGGCGGAGGGGUUCUCUUCCCGCAGUUGCCAACCUGCGGCGGCCGUGCAGGGAUGGUGUAGCUGGGCCUGCGGGCAGGCGGCGGGGCGCGGGCGGGGGCGAGGCGGCCGCGAGGGCCGACGCCGCCUGACGGGCUCGGGUGUAGCGGCAGCACGCUGAGGGGGCGUCGCCGCCGCCGGCCCCCGGCGCCGCCGCGGGAGGCCGCGCCCGCCAUGGCGGCCCGGGCGGUGCUGGACGAGUUCACGGCGCCCGCGGAGAAGGCGGCGCUGCUGGAGCGGAGCCGCGGCCGCAUCGAGGGCCUGUUCGGCGUGAGCCUGGCGGUGCUUGGCGCGCUGGGGGCUGAAGAACCGCUGCCCGCGCGCAUCUGGCUGCAGCUCCGCGGGGCGCAGGAGGCGGUGCACAGCGCCAAGGAAUAUAUUAAAGGAAUCUGUGAACCUGAACUAGAAGAAAGAGAAUGUUACCCCAAGGCCAUGCACUGCAUUUUUGUUGGGGCCCAGAGCCUGUUUCUGAAGAGCUUGAUUCAGGACACCUGUGCUGAUCUUUGCAUUCUGGACAUUGGUCUUCUUGGCAUCAGAGGAAGUGCCGAAGCUGUGGUCAUGGCUAGGAGUCACAUUCAGCAGUUUGUAAAACUCUUUGAGAAUAAUGAGAAUCUACCCAACAGUCAGAAAGAAUCUGAGGUGAAAAGGGAAUUUAAACAAUUUGUUGAAGCUCGUGCAGAUAACUAUACAAUGGACUUGUUGAUUUUGCCCACUUCCUUGAAAAAGGAGCUUUUGACACUCACACAAGGUGAGGAGAAUUUAUUUGAAAUGGGAGAUGAUGAUGUUAUUGAAAUUAGAGAUUCUAAACAAGCAGAGUUUCCACAGGAUGCUGCCACAGGGCUGAAUAUUUCCAGAGAUGAAAUUGUUUUGCAGGAAGAUGCAAGAAAUAAAGCUGGCACUCCUGUUUCUGAGCUUACAAAACAAAUGGACACGGUCUUUUCUAGUUCACAAGAUGUCCUUUUUGUUCCAAUAAAUGGUCUAACCCCAGAUGAAGAGGCACUUUCCAAAGACAGAAUUUGUCACAAAAGGAGAUUUUCUGAUUCUGAAGAAAGGCAUACCAAGAAACAGUUUUCUCUGGAAAACGUUCAAGAGGGGGAGCUUCUACAUGACGGUAAGACAUUAGCUGCAAGUGUAAUCAUUGACUUAUCUGAUUCUUCUGCUGAUCCUGAAAAUUUAAGUCCAGAUGUAAAGGACACUACUGAGGAAAUGGAAUACAACAUCCUCGUAAACUUUUUUAAAACCAUGGGCUACUCCCAAGAAAUUGUUGAAAAGGUCAUUAGGGAGUAUGGGCCAUCUACUGAACCAUUAUUGCUCUUAGAAGAAAUUGAAAAAGAAAAUAAAAGAUUCCAAGAAGACAGAGAAUUUUCACCUGGUACUGUGUAUCCAGAGACCAACAGAACCAAAAACAAAGGUGUUUGUAGCAGCAUAAAUGAGCUUACAACGGAUUCCACCCCAAAGAAAACACAAACUCACACACAGCAAAAUGUGGUAGAAAAAUUUUCUCAGUUACCAUUCAAAGAAUCAAAACCAUGUACCUCAAAUUGCAAAAUUAAUACUUUCAGAACAGUGCCAAUAGAACAGAAACAAGAAAUCUGGAGUUCAAACCAGAAUUACGUUUCUAACAUGGACCUUGAAACUGAUGGCCUUUCACCCUCUGUUGUCCCUUCAAGUCCCAAAGAAGUUGUCAGUUUUGUUUCAAGAGGAGCUUCAAAUCAUCAGCCCAGAAUUCCAGUUUUUCCUGAAAAUGGUUUGCAGCAGCAAGCAGAGCCCUUACAUCCAAGUAAUAUGAAGUCUGCCUGUGAAAACCGUUCAGGGUGUUGUAGCUCUCCCCAGUCUAAGCCAAAUUGUCCACCGCUUUCUCCACCGAUGCCACUGCCCCAGUUGUUACCUUCAGUUAUUGACGCAAGGUUGGCCGGAAUGUCUGAUCAUAUUGAUUCCUCAGUCACUGGCGUUCAAAGGUUCCGAGAUACUCUGAAAGUACCUUACAAGCUGGAAUUAAAAAAUGAGCCAGGAAGAACGGAUUUGAAGCACAUUGUUAUAGAUGGGAGCAAUGUCGCAAUUACCCACGGUCUGAAAAAGUUCUUUUCUUGUCGUGGAAUUGCAAUUGCAGUUGAAUAUUUUUGGAAGCUUGGCAACAGAAACAUCACUGUAUUUGUCCCACAGUGGAGAACAAGACGUGAUCCUAAUGUCACAGAACAGCACUUCUUAACCCAGCUCCAGGAGCUUGGAAUAUUAUCUUUAACUCCUGCCCGGAUGGUCUUUGGAGAAAGAAUUGCUUCUCAUGAUGACAGGUUUCUACUACACUUAGCGGACAAAACUGGUGGCAUAAUUGUAACAAAUGAUAACUUCAGAGAAUUUGUGACUGAGUCACUCUCUUGGAGAGAAAUUAUUACAAAAAGAUUGCUUCAGUAUACCUUCGUUGGGGACAUAUUUAUGGUUCCUGAUGACCCUCUGGGAAGAAGCGGACCUCGAUUAGAAGACUUUCUUCGGAAGGAAGUCUUCCUUAGAGAUAUGCAGCCCCUACUCAAUGCCUUGCCAAAUGUGGGCAUGUUUGACCCCAGCUUCAGAGUCCCUGGCACCCAGGCAGCCAGCACCAGUCACCAGCCUCCAGCCCGGAUUCAGGGCACUCCACCCAGCCACUGGCUUCCUCAGCAGCCCCGCUUUCCAGUUCUGCCGAACCUUCCCAGUAUGCAGCAGAGCGUGCCCAUGCCGGCACAGAGGUCCCCUGCGGAAACAAGCGAGCUGAGGGAAGCCCUUCUGAAGAUCUUCCCUGACUCUGAGCAAAGACUGAAAAUCGACCAGAUCCUUGUGGCCCAUCCAUACAUGAAAGACCUGAACGCACUGUCUGCCAUGGUGUUGGACUGAAGGUCACACUUUAGCUUGUGUCUGCACGUGGCAGCAGGAAGCGACAUAAUGUGAAGAAACCAAUUUCCCAGUGGAAAUUCUGUUGUAGUGUAUAGAAAAGAAAACAGAUGUUUUGUGUAUAAAAAAAUCUGGGUUUUCAAAACCAGCUUUUUCUAUAUAUAAAUUAUGCUGCUAUUACAGAUUUAACAUUUUCUGUAAAAGGAAAGUACAUUUUCUGCCUGUUCAGAACUGUUUAAUAGCAGUUACUCUUGAGUGUAUUUACAUUUUUAUGUUUUUUAAACUAUUUUCCUUAAAGCUGAAAAUAUUGACAAACGGAUAUGAUUAGCCUUUCUAAAUAAAAAAAAAAGUUGCUUUUUUAGGGAAAGCAAGAUCUCUUAAAGUAUAUUUUCUUGAGAUGACUGUGUAACGUCCACUAACAUGAAGUGUGCUCACCACUCCCCAGCCUCCUCUGCCCUCAUGCCUGGAAUCAGAGUCAGAGGAAUAGGCUUUGCUCCUAUGGGUCUUUUACUGGAGACAUUUGUGAGAGGGGGCAGGUGGUGCCACUAGAUGGCACCUGUGCCUAGCCAUUGUGAAUGACCAGGGCUCAGACUCCCAGAAUGUCAGGGCAAGAAGAAAUUCUAGAACUCCUGCAGUCCCACCCUACUUCCCCUCCCACCCUGCAGAAGAGGGAACUGAGGCUCAGCAUGCUCGCGUCCACACACGCCCAGGUCCACAGCUGUGGAGCAGCUGGGCAGGAACCAGACUCCUCAUCCAGUGCUCUGACACGUUCACCAGGCUAAGGCCUUGCUAUACCUGGCCUGACUCUAGAAGUCACGUCUUAGCCUCUGAAAAUAAUAGCGGGAUGUGAGGAAGAUCCGUGAAGAGCCCCGUUGUUACCAUAAUUUUAUGUCCACAACCUCCAUGCGAAGUUUGUGCAGCUUUGCCAAAAAGUGGUUUUCUAUUCUCAAGAAUGACUCAAGCCAAUAAAUAGCAUUAGUAGCUGCCGUGGGGGCUCAGCCCCUUAUUUAUUUUUCCUGUGUUUGUCUUUUUAGUGUUCUCCGCAGCCGUCCUUCCAGUGAGUCUAUCUCAGCAUUGGUAUCUUGGUAUUGUGUUUUCAGUGUUGCUCAAAUUCUGUGUCAGUGAAGUUCUUUUCCUGGGUAAUUAUACUUAACAUCUUUACUGUUCUCUGGACUUUCAAAGGGCUUUGUAUUUUCUACCUGUUCUCUUCCCAGGCUGCUCACUGGCAGUUUCGUGUCUGCCCUGGGGGUCGUGCCCCUCCCAGCCCCCAGAACAGCUGCUGAGGACUCGGGGCUGGUCUGUUCUUCACGGUGAAGGGACUUUGUUGGCCGCGAGCAGAGCUGGUGGCUUCCCAGGAGGCUCCCUCCCAGUGUGUACGACCCCUGCUUCCCUCGGGAUGAAUCCAGAGUCCUCCAGGUGGUUGGACUUGCAUUUCAAUCAUGUUUUCUCUCCCGAUGCCUUUAAGAUGCCUCCUAACGAGGAACCGGUUGUCAGCUGCCGCUUUGGGGCAGGUGGCCAGAGUCACCCACCCAGCUGUGGAUGUGGAGGUAGGAGACUUGAGGUGGGUAGGAAGUGACUCAAUCGCAGCCCCUGUGCCUCGGCUUCAGAACUGGUGGUUUGUAAAAGUGUGGCAGACGUGUGAGGGCUAGGGCUGUCUCGCAGUGACUCUGAUCUUCUGGGUUGAGGUUUGGUCUGACAGCCUUGCCAAUCCAGUAUUUCUCCUAUUUGCAGAGAAGGACCCAGCAGUAAACCUUGCUGGCCCAGGCUUAGCCACACAGGUCUUCCUGGAAGGGGACUGGGCCUCCAGUGAUGCCAAGUGGGACUGGCUAGGCCGGGGUUCCAGAGUUUUCCUGGGCUCUAAAAGUGACUUGACCCUUGACCUUUGGGUUAUCUAAGCCUCUGUAUUCUUAGUAUUGUUUCUGAGGGCUCUACCUGCCCCUUUCCUCUUUCUAGGGUAUGGGAAGGAAGGAUGCAGGAAAUUAAGGAAGGAUGCAGGAAAUUAAGUGGGUUAAUUCCUUCCCUUGAUAAAUUACAACAUAACAAAAGUCACAGCUCUUUCUGAAACUUGAAAAUUAAAAAUUCCAUUUUCAAACCAUUAAAAAGAGUCAUUACUUGUUCUCAGCCUUCUCUUAAUACUAGGCUCAGUGUUGACGCUACUCAAAUGUUUCUUCCUGGUCUGCCCCCAGCAGUCGAUUUCUGAACCACCUUGGUGAUGUUGGCAGCAAUGCGCCUCCUCCUGCAACUCCUCGGGCGUUCGUGUGUCGUGGCUCUGCUUCCUGCGCUCCCUGGCAUUCCUAGAAGGAGGGGGCCAGGCAGGGAGUGCCACCUCGUUCAGUAGGCAAGCGGGUGUCUGCUCCUCAGAGGUGGUCCGGGGUUAGAGAAUUAAGGAGAUGGUGAUACAGGCCUGCCUUCUGCCCCAGGCCCUGGCUGCCUUCUCUGGGGGGGGGGGAAAGAACCUUGUUUAACCUUUCUGUCCAGUAGCCUGUGUUUGAGACCCUGUAGGCUGCGGGCAAGAAGACAGGGGGAAGGCCUCUUAGCCAUCCUGGGUGGCGGCUCGGCUUGUCUGGCAGGCUCAGCUGUGGCUUGGCAGAGUCGUCAGGGACUCAGGCCUGUUGCAGCUUUUCGUUUCUGAGAGGAGGCCUGGGGUCUUGCUUCCUUAGGCUUGUUGUGGCCCUUGUGGAAUCCGAUUCACGGAGAAACCCGUGCUCCCAAGCACCCUCCUCCAUCACAGGAAAUGCCCCAGGCCCUGGCCCCCCCCCUGAGUCUGGGCCUGGGCAGGCACCGUUCUCCCUCAGCUCCCAGCCUGGCACCUCCGAGCUGUGGCCUUCCUACUUGCAGCUCUCCACCGGCACUGCCAUGCCCUCUCCUGCCCCCCUUCCUGUGUCCCUGUCCUCUCCUAACCAUGGUCUGUUCCGUUGGCCCCGCGGCCUCGCGCCGUGUGUUUCUUAAUGAUCGACCUCUCUGUUACUCCCCGUUAUCACAGUUCAGACCCUAACAGAACAUCAGCUGAUUUCUCCUAAGAACCGUGUCCAUGCGUUGCUGCUCUCCCUCACCUUCCCACUCUUGUUUUGCAAACUUGGCCUUCAUCCCACCACUUGGAAAUAGUCUAGAAGUCACCGGGGACCACGGAAUUGCUAAAUUCAGAGGUCGCGUCCACACUCAGUGACCAGACUAUUUUGAUAUUGUUGCCCUUAUUUUGCCCAUUUUCUGAGAUUUCCCUCCCAAAUGUUCUUCAUUCCUUUCUCUUCUUUUACUGGAAGGCCAAUCUGAUUUUCUUUCUUGACAGGUGGUUCUCAAACUUUGGGCCAGCCAUGGAACUCAUGGUGGGGAGGGCAGCUCUUACUAAAAAUUGCGAUUACUGGGCACAGCCCGCAGAGCUGUUUAUUUGGUGGCCCUGGAACAAAGCGUGGAAAUUAGAGACUGCAGCAAGCUCCCUGUUUCCCAUGCAGGCUGUCUGGGGACCACAUGGUGAGAAAGUGCACUCACCCUUAGGGCUCUAACUCCAGCUUUCGUCCUCCCUAACUUUCCUAGCUCCACGUGUCCCCCCUGGGCAGCGACUUGUAGUCCCACCGCUAGGCCUGCCCUGCAGGAGCGCAUUUCUAGCUCAGCUGGGAGCCCUGUGCCGUCCUCAGACUCAGUCCCCAGGCCCUCCGCCUGCAUCUGUCCCUCACUCUCCAUCCCCACCCCACCCUGCCACAAAGUCCCCUCCAUCCACCCCUUUCCGUGGGCUGCGGUCCCUGACCAGUCAGCCCACCUCUCCCUCCCAGACUCCACAGUGCUCCCAGAUUUAUCUUCCAAAACCACAUUGCUGGUCACACCCUCGUCUCUGUUCAGUGAUCUUCAGUGCCUCGCGACCAGAGCACCGAGCUCAGCCCUCCCUGAGUAGUACCUGUACCGUCCGCCUCGUGGCCACGUGUGACUGCCCACUUGGAAUAGCCCUUCCCCGGAUGCUCACUGCAGCCCACACACAUUUCCUCAGUUACCUGUGGGCUCCCGCCUCUGCGUGCACCUAUUUCCUCAGCUAGAGAUGCCCUUUCUCCCAAGUGGCUUCCCCCUCAAAGGCCCAGCCUGCGUCCUGUUUGUACUCUUGCCCAUGCUUCUCUGCCCAGAAGCAACCCCAUGGCGCUCUGUGACCCACAGCACUUGUGUCUGGCUUUUGGCACUGGCUGCGCCGGCUGGUGUCACCCCAGCUGAUUGUGUACUGUGUCUCACCUCCCUUUCUAGACUGUGAGCUCCUCGCGGGCAGGGACCAUCUGUGUUCACUCUUUGUAUUUCCCAUGGCACCUAGCACAGUGCCUUGCACUUAAUAGGUGCUCAAUAAACGUCUGCUCAAUUGAACUGGA